CAUUACCUUCAUUUUUGCGUGGUUGGUGUAAGCCUCUUGAUGUGCACGCACUUGUAUUGAUGGAAGGACAAUCUGAACAUUAUUAUAAUGGAUGCAAUGGAAAUCGAUGACACCAUUUAUAAAAAAAAUUACUUCACAAUGGACGGCGUCGUUAGCCAAGCUGAUUUUCAGACAAAAAAGCAGCCGUGUAGAUGUGCCGCCGUGUGUCUGGGGUUGCUGUGUGCUGUCCUGUUGGCUGGCAACAUAGCGCAGUUUGUCUACUACGAGAUAAUCAGCCGCCCCGCUUCAGCAGACCGGACACAGGCCAGCGGCAGGUUUCAAGGAGACGGACCUCAGGGCGGUUGUGAUGCUUCAGCUGUAGAAAGACCACAGUUAGAGGCCAAGCUGAGUAACCUGACUGAAGUAAAAGGCCAACUGCACACAGCUUUGACUACUGAAAGGGAUGAGUUCGAGGUCAGUUUCAACAAUCUGAGAAACAAGAGUGACCAAUUACAAUCAAGUUAUAACACUUUAAAACAAGAGCGUGAUCAGUUAAAGACGAGCUAUGACGACAUGCAGAAGAGUCUCCAGGGAAUACAGGCUGAUCACAAGACCCUUCAAGCAACUAAAGACCAGCUUCAGACCAACUACCGAACCUUACAAAGAGAAAAAGAAGAGCUCCAGGCUUUGUCUGUUACUCUGAGAGCAAACAGAGAUCAGCUACAGACCAGUUGCACUUCUUUGAGGAUAAAUAAAGACCAGCUACAAGCAAGUUGCACCACCUUAACAGAAGAGCGUGAUCAGUUGAAGAAGAGCAAUAACGACAUGCAAAAGAGCCUUCAGGGGCUACAGGCUGAUCACAAGACCCUUCAAGCAACUAAAGACCAGCUGCAGACCAACUACCGAACCUUGCAAAGAGAAAAAGAAGAGCUCCAGGCUUUGUCUGUUACUCUGAGAGCAAACAGAGAUCAGCUACAGACCAGUUGCACUUCUUUGAGGAUGAAUAAAGACCAGAUACAAGCAAGUUACACCACCUUAACAGAAGAGCGUGAUCAGUUGAAGAAGCGCAAUAACGACAUGCAAAAGAGCCUUCAGGGGCUACAGGCUGAUCACAAGACCCUUCAAGCAACUAAAGACCAGCUGCAGACCAACUACCAAACCCUGCAAAGAGAAAAAGAAGAGUUCCAGGCUUUGUCUGUUACUCUGAGAGCAAACAGAGAUCAGCUACAGACCAGUUGCACUUCUUUGAGGAUGAAUACAGACCAGUUACAAGCAAAUUACACCACCUUAUCAGAAGAGCGUGAUCAGUUGAAGACGAGCAAUAACGACAUGCAAAAGAGCCUUCAGGGGCUACAGGCUGAUCACAAGACCCUUCAAGCAACUAAAGACCAGCUGCAGACCAACUACCGAACCUUGCAAAGAGAAAAAGAAGAGUUCCAGGCUUUGUCUGUUACUCUGAGAGCAAACAGAGAUCAGCUACAGACCAGUUGCACUUCUUUAAGGAUAAAUAAAGACCAGCUACAAGCAAGUUACACCACCUUAACAGAAGAGCGUGAUCAGUUGAAGAAGCGCAAUAACGACAUGCAAAUGAGCCUUCAGGUGCUACAGGCUGAUCACAAGACCCUUCAAGCAACUAAAGACCAGCUGCAGACCAACUACCGAACCUUGCAAAGAGAAAAAGAAGAGUUCCAGGCUUUGUCUGUUACUCUGAGAGCAAACAGAGAUCAGCUACAGACCAGUUGCACUUCUUUGAGGAUAAAUAAAGACCAGCUACAAGCAAGUUACACCACCUUAACAGAAGAGCGUGAUCAGUUGAAGACGAGCAAUAACGACAUGCAAAAGAGCCUUCAGGGGCUACAGGCUGAUCACAAGACCCUUCAAGCAACUAAAGACCAGCUGCAGACCAACUACCGAACCUUGCAAAGAGAAAAAGAAGAGUUCCAGGCUUUGUCUGUUACUCUGAGAGCAAACAGAGAUCAGCUGCAAAGCAAUUACUCUUCCCUGCAAAGGAACAAGGACGAGUUGCAAAAAAGCUGCAAUACACGGAGUACAAGCCAACCCUGUGAGAGAGGCUGGAGGAAGUUUGAAAAGAGCUGUUACUAUUUUUCAACUGUGAGGAAGAUGUGGAGGUUGAGCAGAGCAGACUGCAUUUCGAAAAGAGCAGAUCUGGUCAUCAUAAACAGCAAGGAGGAGCAGGCAUUUGUCAACAGCUUAAUGAGGUCAAGCCAAUACGCCUGGAUUGGAAUGACUGACAGUGAGGAAGAGGGGACGUGGAAGUGGGUGGAUGGGACUCCAGUCACCACAACAUUCUGGCAGGACAACCAGCCCAACAACGGGAAGGGGAACCAGGACUGUGGAGAAACUCUGAAAAGGUCGACGGGAGUAGGAGAGUGGAACGAUGAAGAGUGUUCUGCUUCACAGAUGUACAUCUGCGAGCAAUAAGAUCACAAAGAAAUCUUGACUAGAAUACCUAUUGUGUUUUAAUCCACAGCUUUUUUUUUUAGCGACAUUUGGCUACUGUAGAGUGCUUUUAUUUGUGAAAUUACAAUCAAAGUUAAUUUAGGUUGUCAAAUAUAUAGUUCAUGAUGAUUGUUUCAUGUUUGAGAAAAUGUAUGAAUGUUGUAAUUGCACAACAACUAAAAAAUCUGUUUGAUAAGUUAAUUUGUAUGAAAUUGUUUCGAUAAUGAUAAUUAAAAAGAAACAAUUUUCUCACUUUACUUGUUUUUGCUUUUGAACGGAGGUUAACAUAUUUGGUCGGCCAGUGACAUGUCCGUAACAGUAUAGCCCCGCCCUGACGCAUACUCUCCUUCAUGGUCAAUUUAACUCUACUGCACUAAAUGGACAUCCCGCUGUAUUGAAGACAGUUUGAAACUAGAGAUUGAGACCAUAAGAUCGUGUUUACAAUGUUUGCUAAGAGAAUGAAUCAAAGUUAAACUAAAGUUAUUUUCUCAAGGAUUGGAGUUAAUUAGCAAUGCAUUUGGAUUUGGUUGUGCACGUACACUUUUCAGCCUUCAGCUAAAAAAAUAUAUUCCAUCCUUUUACUGUUCUGAAUACAAAAUCUUUUAGAAUGUUUGAGGAGUCCAUUCAGUGUUCUGCUGUCUCUCUAUGUACUGUUAUAUUGUGUAGUAUUGUGAUGUAUUAAGUCAGAUGCAACAGCCUUUCAACGUUUCUGCUCUGUGAUUCUAACCCGACCAACGUGUCUGGUUGAUCUUUGAUUUUUAGGCCUGAUGAAUCCACGUCUCUUUUGUACAAACACAAUUUCUGGACAUAAUCAGUCAUAGCAUUUGUAAUAUUAUUUGGACAACACGGUCCAUCACCAUGUUGCUGACAACGUAUUUGACUUUCUUUCUGAGGCAAUAGCCCGUCUUGCAAAAAUAUACUUGUUCAAUACACUAUUACUCAAUACAGUAAUAUGUCCUAAUCAUGUCCUAACCUUCAGCAAACUACUUUUGUUGCAAAAAUCAAUUUUUAGUUCCUGAUAUUCCUUCUGUAGGCAUAUAUUCAGGGUGAUAGCGUACCUUGGCAAACAAGGCUGAGGUUGUUAUCUACAAAUGUGUCGUUAUCAAUUUCCAUUCCAUUUUUCUGUGUUUGUAAAACCACAUAUAUAUAUUAUCA